UGGUCGGGCAUCCAAUUUCUACCUUGCUCGACUUGACGCAUAUUGAUCCCAUUGUAUCAAUUUCCUGGGAUUUGAUGACCAGCUAGACGAGAAUCUAAUUGAGUGCGCAUUGAAAGGUGGGCAAGAAAAAGCAAACCUCAUCUGACUUAGACGUAUACUGCCUAACUUAUUGAUUGAAUCCAGACCUGCAAGCCUAGAGCCUCCGCAAACCUCCCAGUCAAUGCCCUCUAAGCAGCCAGUGCAUGAUAUUGCGAGAUCCACGUGAAGAUCCUCGGUAGUGCAUCCAUCGCCAGUCCCGCGGAUUAUCCACGGAUCGGACCGGUCAGAGGGAUGCAGCCUUCCACGAGAAACCAGCUGCACCGCCAGAUGUGCCAUCUCUUCGACACAGUGAUAAAUUUGAGAUAUUGCCCAAGUAUGCUCACCAACAGGGUACCGCUAUCUCCCAGUUCUAAUACGGGACUCAACCAAUUAACUAUCCCAAAUGAUUCAUCAUCCCGUGACUGGAAGACCCCAGUGGUAACUUGGAACCAACUCUUUUGGGCAUGGGGCAAAAGAAUUCUUCAAGAUACCAGAGGUUACACAACUCUGUGGCCCGAACAACGCCGCAAUGCGACACGCCACUUGUCUUCGCUUCUCAUCCUUCUCGGUCUCACUCUGUUUCGGGCGUCCUGCUCCUACUCCUACUCCGUUCCCGUCUCCGAUCCCAACUUGCUCCACCCGGACACGACCGAUCCCUCUGCUACCAGCCCAAUGAAGCGGCAGGAUUGGAGCAGGCGACACUCCGGGAUCCAGGUUCCACGGACGCCGCUGUCGCCAAUUGGCACCCGUUAAGCUUUGACUUGAUACGAACCGUCGGGAGGCCGACCCGGCGGGCUGUCACUGCUGAAGUAGUUUAGUGAUUGGGUGUCUUUGCGGGAGGUAUUACUGAAUCCGAGGGCGCAGAGCGGGGACACUGUUUCUUGUUUAGUUUACAGUACUUGUCCUCAAUAAGUGUAGCAGUGGGCAGCAAAGAGGCCUACAGUAUCAAGCACCGGACGAUAUCAACCAUACAGUUCCGAAUCAGCUCACCCAAGCUUACCAGAGGACUGCAAGGACAAAACACAAA